AUGUGCGACGGGGAAGACGGAGACCGGGACGCGCGCCGGAGGAGCAUCCGGAUGAAGCCGCUGCCGUCUCCGGGCGCCGCUGAGAGCAGCAGGAACGCAGACGCGGCGUCUGUGGCAUCGGCGGCUGCAGCGCUUGCAGACCCGGAAGCGGCCCGAGGUGCGAAAAGCAACUCAAACGGCGACUGCAGGAGGUUUCGAGACAGCUUGUCGUCGCUCGCCGGCCGCCACAGCCACGAAUCGGACUCGGCUGAAGAGAAGCGUCUGAUCACCGAGGCAGACCCAAGCCCUAACGAGGAGAGUCCGCCCGGGGCGAGAGGAGGAGGAGGUGGAGGUAGUGGCGCUGGUAGCACCGCUGGUGGAGGUGUGGAACCGGGAGCGCGCGGCACUCCCGAACGGUACCCGGGGUUUGCCAAGCUGGACGGCGGCAUUGAACACGUUCUCCCCGACGAUGAGAGGUACUACCAGGCGGGUUUCAUGCACAGGCAGUUUGGUGCCAUGCUGCAGCCCGGGGUUAACAAGUUCUCUCUGAGGAUGUUCGGGAGCGAGAAGGCGGUGGAGCGCGAACAGGAGCGCGUAAAGUCGGCCGGAUUUUGGAUUAUACACCCCUACAGUGAUUUCAGGUUCUACUGGGAUCUCACUAUGUUGUUGCUGAUGGUGGGAAACUUGAUCAUCAUCCCCGUGGGCAUCACCUUCUUCAAGGACGAGCACACUCCUCCUUGGAUCGUCUUCAACGUCGUCUCUGACACCUUCUUCCUCAUGGACCUGGUGCUCAACUUUCGCACGGGCAUCGUCAAGGAGGACAACACGGAGAUUAUACUGGACCCACAGCAGAUAAAGAUUAAGUAUCUGCGCUCAUGGUUCGUGGUGGACUUCAUCUCCUCUAUCCCAGUGGACUACAUCUUCCUUAUUGUAGAGACACGGAUCGAUUCGGAUUUCUACAAGACGGCGCGCGCUCUCAGGAUUGUCCGUUUCACAAAGAUACUCAGUCUGUUACGUUUGCUGAGGCUGUCCAGACUCAUACGCUACAUUCAUCAAUGGGAAGAGAUUUUCCAUAUGACUUAUGACCUGGCCAGUGCGAUGGUGCGUAUCGUGAAUCUGAUUGGCAUGAUGCUCCUGCUGUGCCACUGGGAUGGCUGCCUGCAGUUCCUCGUACCCAUGCUGCAAGACUUCCCUCCAGACUGUUGGGUCGCCAAAAACAAGAUGGUGAAUGAUACGUGGGGACAGCAAUACUCGUAUGCCCUCUUCAAGGCCAUGAGUCACAUGCUGUGCAUCGGUUACGGCAUGUACCCUCCGGUGGGAAUGACAGACGUUUGGCUCACCAUCCUCAGCAUGAUCGUUGGAGCAACAUGCUAUGCUAUGUUCGUGGGCCACGCCACGGCGCUCAUCCAGUCUCUGGACUCCUCACGUAGGCAGUACCAAGAAAAGUAUAAACAGGUGGAGCAGUACAUGUCCUUCCACAAGCUGCCAGCAGAUAUGCGUCAGAGGAUCCAUGAUUACUACGAGCACCGUUACCAGGGCAAGAUGUUUGAUGAGGAGAGCAUCCUGGGGGAGUUGAAUGAGCCGCUCAGGGAGGAAAUAAUCAACUUCAAUUGUCGGAAGCUGGUGGCGUCGAUGCCUCUGUUUGCCAACGCUGAUCCCAAUUUCGUCACGUCGAUGCUGACGAAGCUGCGCUUUGAGGUUUUCCAGCCUGGAGACUACAUCAUCCGUGAAGGCACCAUUGGGAAGAAGAUGUACUUCAUACAGCACGGCGUCGUUAGCGUGCUCACUAAAGGGAACAAGGAAACCAAGCUGUCAGAUGGUUCCUACUUUGGAGAGAUCUGUUUGCUGACAAGGGGAAGGCGCACAGCCAGUGUCCGAGCGGAUACGUACUGUCGUCUCUACUCACUCUCAGUAGAUAACUUCAACGAGGUGCUCGAAGAAUAUCCUAUGAUGAGGAGAGCCUUUGAGACUGUUGCACUGGACCGCCUCGAUCGUAUAGGAAAGAAGAACUCUAUAUUGCAGCACAAGGUCCAGCAUGACUUAAACUCUGGCGUCCUCAACUAUCAGGAGAAUGAGAUCAUCCAGCAGAUAGUGCAGCAUGAUCGAGACAUGGCGCACUGUGCCCACCUGAUGCAAGACCAACGUUCCCCAGCUCCUCCAUCACCUACUCCGGUCAUUUGGGCCCCACUCAUUCAGGCUCCAUUACAAGCAGCUGCUGCUACAACAUCAGUUGCUAUUGCCUUGACCCACCACCCUCACCUGCCUCCCACACUCUUCCGCCCUUCUACCUCCUCUUUGGGUUCAACAAAAGAAGCACUGAGAAACAGGUUCCAGGUUGUACCCACAUCGACAGCUCCUGGUUCAGCUGGAGACUCGCCUUCGAGCACUCCUCCAAAACCACAUACUGGAGCAGACACUCCUCUACUUGCCUCCUUCAGGGCACAUCAUUCAACGGGGCCAGCUGGGACAGGUAGUGGCAACCACCAGGCCUCUAGAAGCAGCAUAAGUGGAGUUUCACAUCCUGGGCCUAGUCGGGCUUCUGCAUUACCCACUGGCAAUUACUCCAGAUCUGCAUCUCCCACAUGUAGUACUGCACAGCUCCAUCCUCCACCCAAACACAAGCAGCCCUUCCCACCAAGUACCCCACCGCUGUCCACUCACCUCCAACAAGGCAGCACAGGUGCUGGGACCUUGUCUGGGGCAGUAGGCGGUGCAGUGAGCAUUGCUGUGAGUGGAGCAGUGGGGGAUAUGUCAAGUGGAUUGACCGCAAGUGGGUCUCCUGGGGGCCCUUUAGUUGGUGCCACCUGUGGGCUCUUGACCACAAUAUCUUCAAAUGUUAGCCCGCUUUCAACUGGAUCAUUCAGCCAUGCCCCGAGUCCACUCCUCCAUGGUCAGCAAACACAAAAUACCAAACAGACAUCCGCAUUUCAUCAGUUUACCGGUGGGGGUGGCAGGACUUCUAGUACAUUAAACCUCUUCCAUACACCCACAGCUGGAUCCCCGUCCUCCACCCUUUCACACAUUUCUCCAGCCCUUGAAGGCUCUCCUUCAGUAAACACACAAUCCUUUAACCUGCGGUCCUCCUUUUCCUCCCAGCUGCCUUUAGAAAGGUCAGCAUUAGCAUCUCUAGCUCAAUAUGGCUCAGCUAAUGCUUCUCCCUGCUACACUCCUCUAGCCCCCAGCCCUACAGUCCAAAGUCCUGGGAGAACUUUCCACUAUAGUGACCCCUCCAGUGCUGCAGGUUCCCACAGCUCUCUGCUUAUGCCCCAGCAUUCCUGUCCUGUUCAACUACCCAGCUGUAACACUUCAGGAACCGAAUCGCCGCUGGGCCGCUUCUCUGAAGAUAUGAAACUGUUGUCCAGCUCUCACCCCUUGCUAAGUGAAGAGGUAGCCCAGGCUGUGGCUCACUCCUCCCCUCGGUCAUCAAUUGAGCCUGGCUGCCGCCUCUCCCCUUACUCUUCCCCAACACUGAUGCUUAAGCCGUGCAGCUCCAUAUCGGGGCACUUUGCUUCCCCCUUACAGACUUCUCCCAGUGCACGGCAUCACACCCCAAGCAUAGGGACGUCACCCUCCCUUCCAUUCCGCAGAUCCUCAGAGGCCCAUCCUUCUGAACUGGAGCCCCUUUGCGCCAAACUUCCCUCCAAUUUGUGAGGUUAGAUCACACCCUCCUGUUCAGCUGUGGACCUGUAGUUGAGUAAUAACAAUCCUUUUUUUUUUGUGUGACACUUUUAUUUUAUUAUUUAUUUAGAUUACACUGUGUUUUAAACUUAUUUUAGGAUAUCUAAAUAUUACUGUGAUUAAAAAAAUGAAGGUAUAACCACAAAAAUUAGACAUUUUAGAUUAAUCGUUUUUGCUUUGUCAUUCUCUAUUUUUUAUUCAUUUAUAUAUAAGUAAAAAAUAUCUAUUUAAAGCUAUGUUAAUAAACCGAUAGGAGGGUGUGAGAUACUCCGUACAUAAACAUUUCAGACCAUCCAUUUUCCACAUUUCACUGGUUUGCGCAUUUGAAACGGACCACACAGAAGGACUAUCCUGCAGGAACCUAUGCACUGAAGCCUGCAUUCUGACUUUUUCUGUGUUCAAGUCAAUCUUUUUAGUCAAAAGAGAAAGUCUACACUCUAUCCAGGAUCACAUAUUGCUGAUCCUUUUAUGUAUCUAUGGGAUUAUAUGUAUUUAUUCACCGUUUAUUCACUUAAUUUUUGCAAAACAUUAUAAUGUGUUGAAGAGAAUUUAGCAAACCAAAAAUUGUUUUCUUUUGAAAUAUUAGUACACCUUUUGGCCUACACCUUACUGAUUUUCUCUUGAAUCACAGUAUUGUAGUAAUAUUGGAGUGGAUUUCAGGUCCUCUAUAAUGUGGGGAAACAAAAGAAGAUAUUAUAGAAACGGAGCCUUCAACAGUGUCCUAAAUAUUCACUUUUGUCUUCCAGGUUCAUAUGGCAGAUGUUUGAAAUGAAUGGUGUGUGUGUGUGUGUGUGUGUGUGUGUAUGAAUGUUUUCUGAAAAUGGCUUGAUGCAAGUAACAAUCUUAGUUUUGCCUUUUAAUAUAUAUAUAUAUAAAAAAAAUAGAACUUCCAUUGGCGCCUAUGUGUAGACAUUUCUAGGAUAACAUUUUCACAGAACCAGUAACAAGUCAACCUUACAAAAGAUUACUUGAUGCAGCGUGCAAGGAAAAUAAGUGCUGAAUUUUCAACACCUACAGCAUUAAAAUGAACUCUUAGUGUUGGAUUAACACCUGCAGUGUUCAUAUAAGUCCAGAUGGACACGAAACGAGUUAAUUCAACACUAGCAAUAUGGCUGUGUACAUGUAGCUUUCUCAUCAGCUUUGGUUCAAAAACACUUUAGUCAUUUACUUAUUUUCAUAUAGAAGUUUGUAUUUAUUUGUGCUUUAUCUUUCUUUCAUUGCUAGUUUGUUCAUAUAUUAUUGAGUAAGAUGAAUGUAUUGUAUUGAGUUAAAGGAUUGUAAAAAGGCCUGCACAGUACAAAUUUAACUUAUCAUGAAUGCUAUCUGGAACAGAAAUAGAUGGAACGAACCCAGCUCAGUUUCUUAUUAUUACUUCCACACUCAAAAAUGACACAUUUUACAACUUACCUACCCAUGUUCAGGGGGCUUCAAAAGGUCAAACUUAAAAAAAAUGGAGGUGCCCGAAGACAAUGUGGGGACCGUGAUGGUAUUCCCUGUCAUCUUGGUCCACCCUAAUGUCAUAAAUACUGUUAACUGGCAGAAAUAACCCAUGUAGUUAACCAUAUUAGCAUAACAGUCACAUGGCAUCACACAGACAUGUUAUCUAGACCGAAAUAAAUUGAGAAGUAUGUUGGCAAGAAGCUGGCUAACUAGAGUUGCCCAGAGACAAAGAUAAAAAUCAUUACAGGAAUAUGUGAGUUAAACAUUAUUAAAUUAUUGAAUAGCAUCACAAAAUUAAUUAUUAAAUAUAACUGGCUGACCAAUGUUGCCCUGGUUGCCCUGGUGGUCAAUGGAGUAGCUAAACAGCUAAAUAGCCAAAUAUUGUAGUAUUUACUGUAACUCCAGUCACUUAAACGUUACGUCAAAAAUGAAGUAAGUCACUCUCGGCUCAAACCUGGCGAGCUAAUGUUUUUAUUUUGCUCUUAAUAAAGCCACUGCAUUUACACUACAUAUCAAAUUGCUGGUACUAGCAUGCAAACUACCUUUAGCUAGUUCCUAAUUAGCCAUUUUUUUGUUUGUUUCGUUUUUAGAGAUAUACCACUCGCGUAUUGAGUGUUACAUUUACACAAUCCAGAGCUUCAAAAUCAAACUGUGUCCUCAGGAAGCACUGGCGCCUCUGGUAACAUGCGUAAAGCUUGACUGAGGUAAUGGGUUAGCAAAGUAGCUAAACAGUGAGAUUGGUCAGCUAGCCUCUAACCUGUCUUAGCUAACUCGUAUAGGCUAGGAAACUGGAGGGCAUAAAACCCACAGUGCCCUCAGUCAGACAGUUAAUUCACUAGUAGUUGUUUCUGUCAGGGGAACAUUUUGUUAUGAAGAAAUCUGUUUUUCCUUUAUCUUCUUACUAAUAGGAUUACUGACAGAUGACUUUAAUAUGCUGGCCAGGUGAGACAGUUUGUCUCCUCUUUGAGAUAAAACACAGAUAUUGAUGAGAAACAUUUGCUGUCAAGCUUCUGCCUUUCAAAAGGCAAAGAUGGCCCAAAAUAAAUAAUGUACCCACCUGAGAAAAAACAGUAUCCCCACCUGAGAAAACCUGACCUGAGUCAAGUUAACAAGUUGGGAAAAUCUCGCAACUUCUGAAAGGCUGGAGACGUUUGUGUGGAGGGGGGCACAAAUGCAACGAGACACUGAUGCAUCGAGGCGGUGAUGUGUAGCGACAGACAGCCCAAGGUCUGACAUGUAGACGAGGACCCCUGUGGGCUUCUCAGGAUGAAGUGUGUUCCAGGAAGGUCUUUUGAGGCAGCUCCACUGCAAGUUAUGAUUGUUUCUGAGCACUUGUAAAAACAUCCUGAGGAGGGCAGGUAUUGAUUGCAUUAUUGGACACAGCUUUGGGAGGUUUUGAGAGCAAAGAGGAGAGGGUUUUUUUUUUUUGUUCAGAAAGAAAGAAAAGGCUUAAGGCUUAACUUUGUCGGUCGAUGGCAGUGGAGGGGUCAAAUCUGGAAAGACUGUGGAGAAAGAGAGAGAGAAAAAAGGCAGAGGAAUAGAGAGUGAGCGAGAUUGAUUGAUUAGAGGGUAGACUGACCCAACUGAGAAACCUGAUCAUUAACAGAGACAAGGACUUCAGUUCAUCAAUAACGCCAGCCCGAAGCUGUCAAUCAAGCAUGGCUGUCAUUGAGGCCUUGACUCAUCUCAGCUUAUACUUCUCGGGCUGUAUGAAUCAGUCACUCGUACACACAAUUCAUGGUUAGUCAAGAUGUAAUCGUAAACAGCCAAAGCAUACUGUCAAUCUCCAGAGGAACUUAACCAUACUGUAAGUGCACAAGUUUGAACUUGAAGUCUGUAAAAAUCACAUAGCAUCAAACCAUACCAUAAAAAACUAUGCUUUGCUAUAUAGCCAUGCAAAGGAUCUUUGUAGUUUCUUUAUUCUUUUUCAAUUUUCCAGCCUAGUAGAAGCAAAGUUGCUCAGCUCAGCCCUUUUUCCCUAAAAGGAAACCCAUUAAACAUAUACACUUAUAAAAAAAAUUAAUUAAAAUAAAAAAGUGGUUCCUCAUGGGUUCUAAGGAUGGUUAAAUAUUUUAGCUUUUCUUAAAGGUUCUUACUUGGAACUUUUCUGUAAGGGAAACACUUUGUUGGGUAUGGUGAUAGUGUAUGAGUAUAUGUAGUAAUAGAGAUGGGGCGUCAGUUGGGGCAAAAGGUAAAUCACACUGGAUUUUCACCUUGUGAAUUUCUUCGUCAGGGUAGAGAAAAAUCAGGGGAUUAUGGGCCAUCCUUUUAUGAGGUGUUUAUGGAGGCAAAGUCACUACUUUUAAGUCAUUCAGAGGUCAGUUAACAGUUAAGUAGGAAGCAGAAAAAGAAACAAAGAAAUAAAACUGCUAAAUUUGUAGGAUGGACAACAAAUUAACCUACCGUGAAAAGUGAACCUACCGUGUAUCACGUCCUCCUUUUAAGUGAACAGGCUUUUUUGUUUUAGUUUUUUCAGGAAAAACUAAGUAUGUCCAGUGUAACCACAGCAUAAGACUUGUCUGUGUUUUCACUGAAGUUGCAGCAGAGCUUUAAAAGUGACAAACUGCUAAUUUAACUUUAACUUAUAAGUAUAAAUCCUCUCUGGUGUUGCUCUGGAGCAAAAUUUCACUGUUAUUUAUACUACUACACACAAUUAAAAGAGUGUUCCUCAGGGCUUCUUUGGGUUGAUAUUAGUUGUGGCUUUGUAGAGAUUCUACUUUUUUUUUUUUUAACCUUUUGUAGGACUGCACAGAGGAACAAGGGAGGAACAUGGAACCUUUGACCUCUGAAGGUUAAACCUCAACUUAUACUGGCAAUCCUCCCCAAUUUCAAAUUUCAACCUUAAUACAUAAUCUGCGAUCAAGAAAAUCCAACAAAGGAGUCAAAUUUCAGCAAUAUAAACCACACAUAAACACGUCUAUGCUCAAGCAUUAGCUCCUUCAAGAAAUGAAACCUGGAGACAAUCCACCUAGUAGCAUCAAUUUUUCUGAUUUGUGGUGGUUUUCAUAACCCAACAUGUACUGAUUCCAGUUGGGAAUGCUCCCAAUUUCGACACCUAAUCUCAGACUCGCGCCGCUUGCUUUUAUGCCGUGUUGCUGAGCCGUAAGGGAGCGCUCAUGAAGCGCUGGUGCAGGCAGUAAUGAAAUCGCUCGCAGUGAUUGAGGAUUAGGUUUCACACUAACAGGUCUGAGGCUUAGAGUCGAGAGGUUGUAGGAGAUGUCAGGUGUGUGUUUGAUGACUGGCGCCAUCGUCACUUAUUCAUUUUCAUCGUCAUGGCAGAAACAUGGUGGCAAAUUCAAAACAAAAGGACGUGUUUGAGAUCUAAAUUGCUUUGGGGCAAAAGGGAAAACAGGGACUGCCGUAACUCUGUUGAAGUCCAUCUAAAGGAUGCUUAGAGACACAUCAUCAGUAUUACUGAUUAUUCCGUUUCUUUUCUUCGUCAUUUUAUGCUAACCAAUGGUCAUUAAGUUUCUUUUGAUAAACACCCAAGCAGAACUGUGGUCUUGACAGAGACAGAGGUCAUAUAAGUCUUGGGACAGUUUUUUCUACCCGGGAUAUUAGAAGCAGUCAUGCAAAAAUGCUGCCCGUCAAGCAUGGCUGUCACUCUGACCUCAGUCUCACGUUGGUCUGCAGGCCAAAAAACCGUUGAUUCUUGAAACUCUGAGACUGAAAGUAGUCAGGCAAUGGCACUUUUGAUCUUUUGAUUUUCUCGUACUUACUCCAAAAAAAAAAAAAAGCCAGCUCUGGAGUCAAUCCCGGUAACACUGGGCACAAAGUAGGAGAAUUUUACACUUUGUCCGUAUCCAUAUAGGUUUCCUGUGGGUUCUCAGGUUUCCUCCUGUCUCUCAAAAAACAGUCUUGUACAUGGAUUGGCUGAGCUACAUUGCCCUUAGUUGUAAUGAGUGUGUGCAUGGUACUCUGUGAUGGACUGGCAUCCCAACCAGGGAUCCAGUGUUCCCUGGAUUGUCUCCACAUCCAUCAUGACCUGAACCAUGAUAUAGCAGUUACCGAAGAUGAAUAUGGGUUUCACAGGACUAAUGGCCAGACACAGACUGAUGGGGGCUUGCAUUUUGUUAAAAUGGAUGUACAGAUGGAUCCCAAUGGACCUCAAGGACACUGGCAGAAACUUCCUAUCUUGAAAAGACGAUAAAUACCGUCUUACCUCACAUCCUUUAAAUUUCCCCUACAGAACCGAAAUGGAUUCUAUUCCCCUCUGUUAGAUUAGAUAGCACCGACUCAAACCUUGCAAUUUGACUGUGUAGGCCUUCUGACAUCGAGAUUAAAAGAUCAAGUCGUUUUAAUGUAGAUGAUCUCUUUAUAGGCAGCCUGAAAGAGUGCUGGUGUGUGUCAGCAAGAAUAAUCCUGAGAAAGGAGUGUGAACUUACAAAGACUCCCCUGAAUCUUAUCCUGGCUUUGGGUGGUUUUGACAGGGAGCAAAUUAGGGCUCUUUCUUUCUGAGACACUUUCCUUCACAUCGGUUUUCAAACCUAUGUCACUUACAUAAAAUAAAUCAAUGUAUUAUAUUUAUGUAAACAGAUUUCUAUAUGGUAUAUACAUAUAUAUUUACAUUGGACCGAUUUUUUUUUUCUCUGCAUUCGUUUUACGUUGUUUUAAUGAUCAUUACACGUUUGUUUCAGUGUUUGGAGUGUGUGUCAUUACCGGUUAUUUCCUCAGAGGUGUAUUGUAAGCAUUGUAUAAUCUGAAAUGAAGGAAUAUUUGCCAUUUCUCAGUCACUUUUUUUUUUUUUUCUCAGAUGUCCAGUUAGCAUAUAUAAAAUCUAAUACUUUGUAAUAUAUAUAUUUUUUGUUUUACUUCAAAGACUAUGGGAAAUAGCAAUAAGUAUUAUGUACAGGUAUGGUGAGAUGUGACAAAUGCAGACGUUUUGAGGACAUUACAAUGUCCACACACACAUCCACUAAAGUAACGGCACUGUCGUCUGUGGCACACUUCACGGAUGGACGCUUCUACAGAGUGGAAUAAAAACCGGACUUAUAAUAAGCACACGAACUGGAUAUUAUUAAAAGGUAUCAAAUAAACAUAA